UCAGUUUACAAUAUUGGCCUCUUUGACUAACCGCCGUCGUUUGGGUAAAAUAAUGCCCGACUGAGAGAGAACCUAGACUCUGAUCGCCGGCGGAAAAUGGAAGCGCCGAUUCUUCUCGAAGAUUUCGGUCAGAAGGUCGAUUUAACUCGUAGGAUCAGAGAGAUUCUGUUGAAUUACCCGGAGGGCACUACCGUUCUCAAGGAGCUCAUCCAGAACGCCGACGAUGCCGGUGCCACCACCGUCCGUCUCUGCCUUGAUCGGAGGACUCACGGCGUCGACUCUCUCCUCUCCGAUAGCCUCGCCUCGUGGCAGGGACCUGCCCUACUUGCCUAUAACGACGCCGUUUUCUCUGAACAGGAUUUCGUCAGUAUUUCUCGAAUUGGUGGCAGCUCUAAACAUGCCGAUGCUUGGAAAACUGGCCGCUUUGGGGUGGGCUUCAACUCGGUAUACCAUUUAACCGACUUGCCUUCUUUUGUGAGCGGCAAACAUGCUGUUAUAUUUGAUCCACAGGGUGUUUAUCUUCCCAAUGUCUCCACUACUAAUCCUGGAAAGCGGAUAGAGUACGUUAGUUCCUCUGCCAUCUCACUGUAUAAAGAUCAAUUUUUACCAUAUUGUGCCUUCGGUUGUGACAUGAAAAGUCCUUUCCAAGGAACUUUAUUUCGUUUUCCUUUGAGGAAUACAGAUCAGGCUGCAAAUAGUAAACUCUCAAAGCAAGCUUACCUUGAAGAUGAUAUAUCCUCCAUGUUUGUUCAGCUUUAUGAGGAAGGAAUUCUAUUGCUGCUUUUUCUUAAAAGCGUGUUAUCUAUAGAAAUGUAUAUCUGGGAUUUAGGGAUGUCUGAGCCAAGGAAGAUGUACGCCUGCUCUAUUAAUUCGUCAAGUAGCGAUGUAUUGUGGCAUCGCCAGGCAGUUCAUAGACUCGCGAAGUUGAAAUCUUCUUCUGAUUGUGAGAUGGACUCAUUUUCACUGGAUUUCUUGAGUGAGGCUGCAAUAGGGAAUGUUUCACAAAUAAGAAAGCAUAAGUUCCAUGUGGUGCAAAUGAUGGCUUCACCAUCCAGUAGAAUUGGUGCUUUUGCAGCAAUGGCAACAAAGGAUUAUGACAUGCAUCUGUUGCCCUGGGCAUCCGUUGCAGCGUGCAUAUCAGAUGAUUCAGUUAAUGACGAAGAUCUGAAGAUUGGAAGGGCAUUCUGUUUUCUCCCGUUGCCUGUGAAAACUGGGUUACGUGUUCAAAUUAAUGGAUUCUUUGAGGUUUCUUCAAAUCGUCGUGGGAUUUGGUAUGGUGAUGACAUGGACAGAUCCGGAAAGAUUCGUUCUCUCUGGAACAGUCUUCUAUUGGAAUAUGUUGUUGCACCUAGUUUUGUCAAGUUACUGCUCGACAUGCGGCAACUCCAAUGUUCCACAAAAAACUAUUAUUCUUUGUGGCCUGUCGGUUCAUUUGAAGAACCUUGGAAUUUGUUAGUUGGGCAUUUUUACAGAAACAUCUGGGAGUCUCCUGUUUUAUAUUCGGAUGUUGAUGGUGGAAAGUGGGUUUCACCUAAGGAAGCGUUUCUUCAUCCCACGGAGAUUUCCGGAAGCAAGGAAAUCGGCAAUGUUCUUGUCAAGUUGGGAAUGCCUAUUGUUUCUUUGCCAGGCGACUUAUAUGAUAUGAUCUUAAGCUGCAAAUUUAUCGGGCAUCAAAAAGUUGUUACUCCUGAUUCAGUACGUCAUUAUUUGAGGGGUUGCAAAGAUUUAAGUGCAAUUAGCAGAUCCCACAAGUUUAUGCUGUUGGAGUAUUGCAUUGAGGACUUGAUUGAUACAGAGGUUGGUAUUCAUGCAUCACACCUUCCAUUGCUUCCAUUAGCAAAUGGUAAUUUUGGAUCGUUAUCCAAAUCAUCUGAAGGGACCGCUUAUUUUAUUUGCAAUGAGUUGGAAUAUAUGUUGGUUCAACAAAUUGUUGAUAGACUAAUUGAUAGGAGCAUUCCUGCGGAGCUCCUCUGCAGACUUACAUCCAUAGCAAAUGUCUCGGGGGCAAACCUGGUUGUAUUUAGUGUAAAUGAGUUCCUUCAAUCAUUUUCAGAAUUUUUUCCUGCAGAUUGGAAAUAUAAGACGAAGGUGUCGUGGAAUCCAGAUUCCAAUUCUGCUCAUCCUACUUCUUCUUGGUUUUCUCUUUUUUGGCGUUACCUUGGGGAGCAAUGUCAAGAUUUAUCUCUCUUUGGAGAUUGGCCUAUAAUACCAUCGGUAACUGGGCAUCUGUACAAGCCUUGUAUGCAGAAAAAGUUUCUGAAUAUGGAAAAAUUGUCUGAGAAAAUGCAACAUGUCCUUGUUAAGAUAGGAUGCAAGAUACUGAACACCAAUUAUUGCAUCGAACACCCUCAUCUGAUUAAUUAUGUGCAUGAUGCUGAUGCUGCAGGCGUUCUAUAUUCAAUCUAUGAUGUAUUUUCUAAUGAUACUAUUACUCAGCUUCUUCAGUGUCUGGAAGCAAAUGAGAGAGAUGAGCUUCGUCAAUUUCUUCUGAAUCCUACAUGGUUUGUUGGAAAGAAAAUGGAUGAUCCUCUCAUACAGAAUAGCAAGUGGCUUCCAAUUUAUAGAGUGUAUGGUGGAGAAUCUGUUGCAAAUCUCAACUAUUCUGAUUUAGUAAACCCCCGUAAGUUCUUACCCCCAUUUGACUGCCCAGAAUGCUUGUUUUCUGGUGAAUUCAUAUGUAAUUUGUCAAACACUGAAGAAGAGUUGCUAAUGAGAUACUAUGGUAUCGAACGGAUGAGAAAGCCACAGUUUUAUAAGUUGCAUGUCUUGAAUAGGCUAAAGCAGCUGGAAAGUGAUGUUCGCAACAGGGUCAUGCUUUCUGUUCUUCAAGAGCUACCACAGUUAUGUGUAGAGGAUGCAUCCUUCAGGGAAAGCUUAAGAAAUUUGGAAUUUGUCCCCACUGUUAGUGGCAAUCUGAAAAGCCCUGCAGUGUUAUUUGAUCCAAGAAAUGAAGAAUUGUAUGCUUUACUGGAAGAUUGUGAUAGUUUUCCUUCUGGGAUUUUCCAAGAAUCAGGUGUCUUAGACAUGUUACAAGGGCUGGGUCUCAAAACAACUGCCUCUGUUGAUGCAGUCAUUCAAAGUGCUCGUUCUGUGGAACUCUUAAUGCAUAAAAAUCCGGAAAAAGCUCAUUCAAGAGGGAAGGUACUUCUUUCAUAUCUUGAAGUGAAUGCAUUAAAGUGGCUACCUGAUCCUCCAGUGGAUGAUCAAAGAACAGUGAAUAGGUUGUUCUUCAGAGCUACAAAUGCAUUUAAAUCCCGUCAUACCAAAUCAGACAUAGAGAAGUUCUGGAAUGAGCUCAGGCUGAUUUCAUGGUGCCCUGUCCUUAUAUAUCCGCCACACACAUCAUUACCAUGGCCCACAGUCUCGUCGUUGGUUGCUCCUCCUAAGCUUGUGAGGCUAUACUCAGACAUGUGGCUUGUCUCUGCGAGUAUGCGGAUACUGGAUGGAGAGUGCUCCUCAUCAUCAUUGUCCUAUCAGCUUGGUUGGUCUAACCCUCCAGGAGGAAGUGUAAUUGCUGCUCAGCUGCUUGAGCUUGGGAAAAAUAAUGAGAUCAUAUCCGAUCCCAUUCUGCGACAGGAACUGGCUUUGGCAAUGCCAAGGAUAUAUUCCAUCUUGAUGACCUUGCUUGGUUCGGAUGAAAUUGAAAUUGUAAAGGCUGUUCUAGAAGGUUCUCGGUGGAUAUGGGUCGGAGAUGGAUUUGCCACCUCAAAUGAGGUUGUCCUUACUGGUCCUCUUCACUUGGCUCCCUAUAUUCGUGUCAUACCUGUUGAUUUAGCUGCUUUCAGUGACUUAUUUUUGGAGCUAGGUAUUCAGGAAUAUUUGCGGCCUUCUGAUUAUGCUAAUAUAUUACGUAAAAUGGCCCAUAAGAAGGGUAAUGUUCCAUUAGAUUCUAAUGAAAUCAAUGCUGCUACAUUUAUUGCUCAACACCUCGCAGAUGCUCAUUUUUCUGAAGAUCAAACUAAGAUAUAUCUUCCAGAUGUAGCAGGCAGACUACAUAACGCCACAAGUUUAGUCUAUAAUGAUGCUCCCUGGUUGCUUGAGUCUGAAGGUUCUAACAACUUAUUUGGCAAUGCUGCUAUUUCAUUGGGUGCUAAACAAGCUAUUCACAAAUUUGUUCAUGGUAAUAUUUCUCAUGAUAUAGCUGAAAAGCUUGGGGUACGUUCCUUUCGGAGAAUUUUGCUUGCAGAGAGUGCUGAUUCCAUGAAUUUGAGUUUGUCUGGAGCUGCUGAAGCAUUUGGACAGCAUGAAGCUUUGACAACCAGACUUAGGCAUAUACUUGAAAUGUAUGCUGAUGGACCGUCAGUUCUCUUUGAGAUGGUACAAAAUGCUGAGGAUGCAGGAGCCUCGAAUGUUACCUUUUUACUGGAUAAAUCUAAUUAUGGGACUUCAUCUCUUCUGUCACCUGAAAUGGGAGAUUGGCAAGGCCCGGCUUUGUAUUGUUUCAAUGACUCUGUUUUCAGUUCACAAGAUCUUUAUGCUAUUUCCCGCAUAGGCCAGGAAAGUAAACUAGAGAAACCGUUUGCAAUUGGAAGAUUCGGGCUUGGCUUUAAUUGUGUUUAUCACUUUACCGAUGUCCCAACUUUUGUUUCUGGAGAAAAUAUUGUCAUGUUUGAUCCUCAUGCCUGCCAUUUGCCUGGAACUUCUCCAACUCACCCCGGGCUACGAAUCAAAUUUGUGGGCAGAAACAUUUUGGAACAAUUUCCUGAUCAGUUUUCUCCAUUUCUACACUUUGGAUGUGAUCUGCAACAUCCAUUUCCUGGUACUCUUUUCCGUUUUGCCCUUAGAACAGCCAAUGGUGCCUCUAGAAGCCAAAUAAAAAAAGAAGUGUAUCCACCUACUGAUGUCCUGUCACUGUUUUCUUCCUUUUCUGAGGUUGUUUCUACUACACUACUCUUUCUGCGCAAUGUAAAGACUAUAUCCAUUUUUGUCAAAGAAGGGCUUAACAGCGAAAUGCAGUUGCUACACCGUGUUCGCAAGGAUUGUGUUAGUGAGCCUGAAGCUGGAAAAGGUCCAAUUCAUCAAAUUUUUAGCUCUAUGCAUGGGCAUGAGCUAGAUAGUUUGAGCAAAGAUCAGUUCCUUCAAAGGUUGAGCAAGUCGAUCAGUGUUGAUGUUCCAUGGAGGUCUCAGAAGCUUUUGGUGUCUGAGCAGAACCCCUCUGGUUGUAGGUCAAGCUUGUGGUUAACUACUGAAUGCUUAGGUAGUCUCAACAGGAAAAAAAUCACAACGUUUGACAAGAAAUUUCACAAGUUUGUUCCUUGGGCUUGCGUAGCUACACCUAUCAACUCUUUGGAUAUUGAGAAAAAAAUGGGUGGGAUUCAGGAAAAUUUGAGUGAAACUUUCCCUAAUACUGCUGAAAUUCUGCAGAUUCUUCAGACAUCUUCUCGAGCCACACUUACUUUUGAGGGUCGGGCUUUUUGCUUCUUACCUCUCCCAAUUAGUACUGGUCUUCCUGUUCAUAUAAAUGGCUAUUUUGAGUUGUCAUCAAACCGGAGGGAUAUAUGGUUUGGUGAUGACAUGGCAGGGGAUGGGAAGAUGCGUUCAGACUGGAACAUGUACCUCCUUGAAGAUGUCGUUGCCCCAGCUUACGCUCGUCUUAUUGAGACAGUUGCACGGGAAUUCGGUCCAAGUGAUUUGUUCUUUUCCUUUUGGCCUAUAACAGGAGGUUUUGAACCUUGGACCUCACUGGUAAGAAAGCUUUACCAGUUUAUCUCUGAGAAUGGUCUUCCUGUACUCUACACAGAAGCCCGAGGUGGCCAGUGGAUUUCAACCAAGCAAGCCAUUUUUCCCGAUCACAAUUUUGAUAAGUCAUCAGAGCUUUUAAAAGCAUUGUCCGAUGCUGGCUUACCUGUGGCUAGCGUUCCAAAGGAGAUUGUUAACAAAUUUAUGGAAAUUUGCCCAUCCCUGCAUUUUCUCACACCUCAGUUACUACGAACACUUCUAAUUCGGAGGAGACGUGAAUAUACAGAUAGAAAUGCAAUGAUCUUAACCCUUGAAUACUGCUUGCUUGAUCUUACAUGUCCAGUCAUAUCGAAAAGUUUCUACGGGUUACCCUUGUUACCACUUUCAAGUGGUGUGUUUGCAAAACUAGACAAAAGGGGGCUGACUGAACAAAUUUAUGUUACAAGGGGGGAUGGCUACAGCCUUCUAAAGGAUUCUAUUCCACAUCAACUGGUGGACUGCACUAUUUCUGACUAUCUUUACGAUAAGUUGUGUGUUCUAGCUGAAAGCGAAGAUUUUAAUAUCUCUUUUUUGACAUGUCAACUUCUUGAAAAUAUACUUGCCACACUGAUUCCACCAGAAUGGCAUAAUGCAAAGCAGGUUACAUGGAUUCCUGAUAAUCAAGGCCAUCCAAGUUUGGAAUGGAUGAAACUUCUAUGGAGCUAUCUGCGAUCAUCUUGUGAAGAUCUUUCAUUGUUUUGUAACUGGCCAAUUUUGCCAGUUGAAAAUAACCAGCUUAUACAGCUUGUUGAAAACUCUAAUGUCGUCAUAGAUGGUGGGUGGAGUGAAAACAUGUUGGCAUUGUUGCAGAGAGCUGGGUGCCUAAUACUGAGGCGUGACAUCUCAAUUGAACAUGCUCAGCUGAAACUUUUUGUUCAGCCUUCAACUGCAAUUGGUGUUCUAAAUGCACUGCUAGCAGUCACUGGUAAGGUAGAUGACAUCGAGGUGCUCUUUGGUGAUGCUACGGAUGGGGGACUGCAUGAACUUAGAAGUUUUAUUCUUCAAAUGAAAUGGUUCUCUGAUGGUUUAAUGGACGACACUCAUGUCAAUGUUAUUAAGCACAUUCCGAUGUUUGAAUCAUACAAGAGUAGAAAACUUGUGUCUUUAAGUAGAUCUCUCAAAUGGCUUAAACCGGAGUAUACACGUGAUGAUCUUUUAAAUGAUGACUUUGUCAAAUUGGACUCUGAUAAAGAAAGAAUAAUACUGGAGAAAUAUUUAGGUAUCAGAGAACCUUCAAGGGUGGAUUUCUACAAAGAUUAUGUACUCUCGCGCAUGUCAGAGUUCAUUUUCCAGGAGGGUUAUCCCUUGGACCUUUUGCGUGAUAUUAGAUUUUUGAUUGAGGAGGAUAACACUUGCAAAGAAGUGUUCUCUGCAACACCUUUUGUUCAGUCAUCAGAUGGAGCAUGGACAGAGCCAUUGAGGCUUUAUGAUCCCCGUGUUUCUGAACUGAAAAUGCUUUUCCACCAAGGAGCAUUUUUCCCCUCUGAGAACUUCUCUGCCCCUGAAAUUCUGGAAACUUUAGUUACCCUUGGUCUCAAACAAACCCUGGGUUUUUCGAGUUUACUCGAUUGUGCCAGGUCAGUUUCGAUGUUAUAUGAAUCAAGAGACUCUGAAGCAUUAAUACUUGCAAAGAGACUGCUUUCAUGUUUAAAUGCACUAUCAGUGAAGCUGCUUCAUGCUGAAGAGAGGGAAGAGUCUGCGGACACUACAGAAUCUCCAGAGAGUUCUCUUCGUGGAGAUGAAGAGAAGUUGUCUGUUUAUGGUUCUGCGGACCUCUCAAAUGUUUUGGACGUUCAUUCAGUAGUCAAUAACUUGGUAGAUGAUAUGAAGAGAGAAGACUUUUGGUCAGGUCUGCGUUCUAUCAGCUGGUGUCCUGUGUAUUCUGAUCCUCCAGUUCAGGGGCUUCCAUGGUUAGCCUCAGCUCAUAACAUAGCAGCACCAGUUACAACCAGGCCCAAAUCACAGAUGUGGAUGAUUUCAUCCAAGUUGCAUGUACUGGAUGGUGAUUGUUCCGAGUACCUACAACAUAAGCUCGGCUGGAUGGAUCCUCCAGAUGUGGAUACCUUGUCUUCUCAAUUACUGGGACUAUGCAACAGCUAUAAUGAUAUCAGGUUGAAUGAUGAUGCUAUACUGAAAAAGCAAAUACCGUUAAUCUAUUCACAGUUGCAAAAUUAUGUUAAAACUGAUGAUUUGCCGUAUCUUAAAUCUUCUUUGGACGGCGUUAAAUGGGUGUGGAUUGGAGAUGAAUUUGUCUCUCCAGAUGUGCUUGCGUUUGAUUCACCUGUGAAAUUUAGUCCCUACAUGUAUGUGGUACCAUCUGAGCUAUCAAUAUUCCAGGAUUUUCUUUUGGCAUUGGGCGUUAGACAUAAUUUUGAUAUUUCCGACUAUUGUGAUGUUUUAAAACGGUUGCAAAAUGAUGUAAAAGGUGGCACCCUCUCAAGUGAUCAGUUGAAUUUUGUCCAGUGUGUCCUAGAAGCCAUCGUAGAUAAUUACUUGGAUAGGUCAGAACUAGAACUUCCCACCACACUUUUGAUUCCAGAUUCUACUGGAAUGCUCAUAGGUGCAGCGAAUCUUGUGUAUAAUGAUGCACCAUGGAUGGAGCCCAAUUCCCUUGGUGGCAAACGUUUUGUGCAUUCCUCGAUCAGCUAUGACCUGGCUAGCCGAUUGGGCAUCCAAUCACUUCGAUCCCUUUCUUUUGUCAGUAAAGAAUUGACUAAAGAUUUUCCAUGCAUGGACUAUAACAAAAUACGCGAGCUACUGGAAUCAUAUGGCAACUAUGAGUUUCUUCUCUUUGACUUGCUUGAAUUGGCUGAUUGCUGCAAAGCCAAAAAGCUUCACCUCAUCUUUGACAAGAGGGAACACCCCAGGCAGUCUCUCCUGCAGCACAAUCUUGCUGAAUUUCAAGGGCCUGCCCUGGUGGUAAUCCUGGAGGGAGCCAGCUUAAAUGGAGAUGAAGUCGGUAGUCUCCAGUUUCUUCCACCAUGGAGUCUGAGGGGCCGUACUCUAAGCUAUGGCUUGGGAUUGCUAAGCUGUUUCUCUAUCAGUGAUCUGCCAUCAAUGAUAUCUGAUGGCUGUUUGUAUAUUUUUGAUCCUCGGGGGUUAGCAAUUGCCACGCCGUCAGCGCGCUCACCGUCUGCUAAAGUUUUUCAACUGAAAGGUACCAAUUUGACAGAGCGAUUCCAUGAUCAGUUUAGCCCAAUGCUGAUUUAUGAUAAUAUGCCAUGGUCAUCAGCUGAUUCCACGGUCAUACGCCUGCCUCUUUCAUCAGAAUUCAUUGGGGAUGGAGCUGAAUUUGGUUUGGCAAGGAUGAUGUUGAUGUUUAACAAGUUCAUGGAUCAUGGUUCUGAAAAGAUACUAUUUUUGAAGUCAGUGUUGCAGGUAUCUUUGUCAACAUGGGAGAAUGAAAUUCCACAACCAUCCCUUGAUUAUUCAGUUGAUAUUGAUCCUCUGUCUGCAGCUCUUAGAAAUCCUUUUUCAGAAAAUAAGUGGAAGAAAUUCAAACUAUCAAGUAUAUUUGGCAGCUCUACUGCUGCAGUCAAAUUGCAUGUUUUGGAUUUGAACAUGAAUAAGAGGGGAGCUAGAUUCAUUGAUCGGUGGCUCAUUGUGCUCAGCAUGGGUUCUGGUCAGACAAGAAAUAUGGCACUUGAUAGGCGGUAUCUUGCAUACAACCUGACACCUGUUGCUGGAGUUGCUGCACAUAUAUCGAGAAAUGGCCAUCCUGCUGAUAAUCAUCCAUCAAACUCCAUCAUUUCCCCUCUUCCUCUAUCAAGCAGUAUAAAUAUACCAAUUACAGUGAUGGGAUCCUUCCUUGUGCGCCAUAAUCAGGGUCGCUACCUUUUCAGAUGCCAAGACAGCGAAGCUGCAUUUGAGCUACAAUCUGAUGCUGGAAGUCAAUUGAUUGAAGCUUGGAACAGAGAGCUGAUGUCUUGUGUUCGAGACUCUUAUACUAAAUUGGUACUUGAGAUGCAAAAGUUACGGAGUGACCCACUGACUUCUGUUCUUGAACCAAAAUUUAGCCGUUCUGUUGGUGCAAUUUUGAGUGCUUAUGGGGAUGAAAUUUACACAUUUUGGCCAAGGUCAGGCAAGAAUGCCUUGGUCAAGCAACCAAUAGAUGGAAACGAUACAGCUUCCAUGACUACUUUUAAGGCAGAUUGGGAAUGUCUAAUCGAACUAGUUAUUAGGCCACUCUAUGCUUCCCUUGUCGAGCUUCCUGUUUGGCGUCUACAUUCUGGAAGCUUGGUUAAGGCUGCAGAUGGUAUGUUUCUUUCACAGCCUGGAUCCGGAGUCGGUCAGAACUUGCUACCUGCCACUGUUUGUGCUUUUGUCAAGGAACAUUAUCCUGUUUUUUCGGUUCCAUGGGAAUUGGUGACUGAAAUUCAGGCUGUGGGUGUUGCAGUAAAGGAAAUCAAACCUAAGAUGGUCAGAGACCUUCUUCGGUCUACUUCACCAUCUGUAGGUAGUUGGUCAAUUCAUACCUAUGUAGAUGUUCUUGAAUACUGCUUAUCUGAUAUUCAACUUCAAGAGUCAUCUAGUUCCAGUGAAAUUGGUACACCAAGGGACUUGAAUAAUCGUGAUAUUGGCUCUUCAAGCAAAGAAGAAGAUAGUCGUUCCUUUACUGUAUCGGGCACCAAUUCCCUUAGGCAUGGUAUUAUUCCACCUAGUUCAGUCAACUCUGGAGGAGAUGCAGUUGAGAUGAUGACAACCUUAGGGAAAGCUCUAUUUGAUUUUGGUCGUGGAGUUGUUGAAGAUAUAGGGAGGGCAGGAGGUUCUUCGGGUCAUAGGAACUCGUUGACAGGAAGUAGCAGUUAUGGGCCUUAUAGUUUCAGUACGGGUGAGGAACAGAAGCUUUUUCAUUUAUCUACUGAAAUCAAAGGCUUACCCUGUCCAACUGCAAAAAAUAGUCUGGUCAAAUUGGGCUUCACUGAAGUGUGGGUGGGAAACAGAGAGGAGCAGUCUCUUAUUACUUCUUUAGCAGGAAAGUUCAUUCAUCCAGAAGUGCUGGAGAGACCAGUCCUGCAAAAUAUUUUUUCCAACCACUCUAUUCAAUCAUUCUUGAAAUUCCAAGCCUUUUCUCUUCGCUUGCUUGCUAGCCACAUGAGAUUUGCUUUUCACGAACACUGGUCAAAUCAUGUGAUUGAGUCCAAAAAUGUUCCUUGGUUUUCAUGGGAGAAAUCUUCAAGUUCUGAUAGUGAAACAGGUCCUUCUCCUGAGUGGAUUAGACUUUUCUGGAAGACCUUCAGUGGCUCAUCAGAAGACACCAGUCUGUUUUCUGAUUGGCCCCUCAUUCCUGCUCUUCUUGGUCGUCCGAUCUUAUGUCGUGUAAGAGAAAGUCAUCUUGUAUUUAUCCCACCCCUCGUUACUGAUUUGGGUUCUUUUAAUGCUACUUCCGGAGUAGGUACAUCUGAAGUUGGUCAAUCUGAGUUGUCUUCUGAGGCCCAUGAGUUGCAAGCAUACUUCUUGUCAUUUAAAUUUACCGAAGCAAAAUAUCCUUGGUUAUUUUCAUUGCUUAAUCAAUACAAUAUUCCUAUUUUUGAUUUUGAUUACAUGGAUUGUGCUCCUCCAUCAAAGUGUUUGCCAGCCGAUGGACAAUCAUUAGGGCAAAUUGUAGCAUCCAAGCUUGUAGCAGCUAAACAAGCUGGAUAUUUUCAUCAACUUACAGUCUUUCCAGAUUCAGACCGAAAUGAGUUAUUCAGUUUAUUUGCUUCUGAUUUCUCAUCUAGUUCCGGUUAUGGAAGGGAAGAGCUUGAAGUGCUACGUAGUCUUCCUAUUUAUAGAACAGUUCUUGGAACAUAUACUCAAUUGGAUGGCCAGGAUCUGUGCAUUAUCUCUUCAAAGACAUUUCUCAAGCCAUCUGAUGAUCAGUGUCUUUCUUAUUCUGCCGAAUCUACCGAAAGUUCUUUACUUCGAGCACUUGGAAUCUGUGAAUUGAAUGAUCAGCAGAUCCUUGUAAAAUAUGGAUUGCCUAGAUUUGAAGAUAAACCUCAGCUUGAGCAGGAGGAUAUCUUGAUAUACCUGUACACAAACUGGAAAGAUCUUCAAUUAGUUUCAUCUAUAGUUGAGGCACUUAAAGAUACUAGUUUUGUGAAAACGUCUGAUGAACAGUCUGAGAACCUGUCCAAACCAAAAGAUCUAUUUGAUCCCAGUGAUGCAUUAUUGGCCUCCGUGUUUUCUGGUGUGAGGAAGAAUUUCCCCGGAGAGAGAUUCAUUUCUGAUGGAUGGCUUCAGAUUUUACGAAAAACAGGUCUCCGUACGUCAGCUGAAGCAGAUGUUAUUCUGGAAUGCGCUAAGCGAGUGGAGUAUCUUGGAGGUGAAUGUACUAAGCAUGUAGAAGUUCUUGAUGAAAUAAACAUUUGGAGUUCCCAGAAUGAAGUAUCUUAUGAGAUUUGGGUAUUGGCUGAAACUUUAGUCAAAUCAAUUUUCUCAAACUUUGCUGUACUUUAUGGAAACAAUUUCUGCAACCUCCUUGGCAAGAUUGCUUGUGUUCCAGCUGAAAAGGGAUUUCCAAACAUAGGUGGCAAAAGAAGUGGGAAUAGAGUUCUCUGUUCUUACUCUGAAGCUAUAACUAUAAAGGAUUGGCCUCUUGCUUGGAGUUGUGCACCAAUUCUUUCGAAACAGAGUGUUGUACCCCCUGAUUAUGCUUGGGGACCACUCUAUUUGUCAAGUCCUCCAGCUUUCUCCACUGUACUCAAGCACCUUCAGGUUAUUGGAAGAAAUGGUGGCGAGGACGCUCUUGCACAUUGGCCUGCUGUAUCAGGUGUCAAGACGGUUGAUGAAGCUUCCCUUGAGGUGUUGAAGUAUCUCGACAAACUCUGGCCCUCCCUCUCUUCUUCAGAUAUCGCAAAGCUGCAACAAGUGGCCUUCUUGCCAGCUGCAAAUGGCACUCGUUUGGUGACAGCAAGCUCUCUUUUUGCUCGUUUAACAAUAAAUCUAUCUCCAUUUGCAUUUGAACUCCCUUCGGCAUAUCUCCCUUUUGUGAAGAUUCUUGGAGCCUUGGGACUUCAGGAUUCACUAUCUGUUGCUUAUGCAAGGAAUCUUCUUUCAGAUCUUCAAAGAGUUUGUGGUUAUCAGCGUUUAAAUCCGAAUGAGUUCCGUGCUGUAGUUGAAAUCUUACAUUUCAUUUGUGAUGAGAACAACACUUCAGAUGAUUCCAACUGGGAUUCUGAAGCAGUUGUUCCUGAUGACGGCUGCAGGCUCGUCCAUGCAAAAUCAUGUGUAUACAUUGAUGCUCGUGGUUCGCAUUUAGUCAAGCAUAUUGAUACUUCCAGGCUAAGAUUUGUUCACAAAGAUCUUCCACAGAGAGUGUGCGAGGCCCUUGGUAUCAGAAAGCUUUCUGAUGUCGUGAAAGAGGAACUGGAAAACAUUGAAGAGUUAUGCAAUUUGGAAUGUAUUGGUUCUCUUUCACUUGCUGUCAUCAGACAAAAGUUAAUGAGUGAAUCAUUUCAAGUGGCAGUGUGGAGAGUACUAACUAGCACCAAUCUUGGUUUUGGUACUCAAGUCCUGGAGAAGGUCAAGAAAUCAUUGGAAUCUAUUGCAGAAAGAUUGAAUUUUGUAAAAAAAAUAUACACUCGUUUCUUGUUGCUUCCAAAGUCAAUUAACAUUACCCUCAUUUCCAAUAAUUCCAUUCUCCCAGAGUGGGAGGAAAAAUCCAGCCAUAGGGCCCUUUACUUCAUAGAUGAGUUAAGAACUUGUGUCUUAAUCGCUGAGCCACCACAAUACAUAGCAGUUACUGAUGUAAUUGCUGCUGUGAUAAGUGAGAUUCUGGACUCACCGAUUCCAUUACCAAUUGGAUCUUUGUUUCUUUGUCCUGAGUACACUGAGACUGCACUCCUUGAUGUCCUAAAACUUUGUUCUCACACAAGAGACACUGUCGGAACUGACUCUUUUCUAGGCAAAGAGAUACUGUCACAAGAUGCUAACCGAGUGCAGUUCCAUCCUCUAAGACCAUUCUUCAAGGGAGAGAUAGUAGCUUGGAGAGCUUCAAAUGGUGAAAGGUUGAAGUAUGGUAGACUUCCAGAAAAUGUUAAGCCAUCAGCUGGACAAGCACUCUACAGACUUAUGUUGGAAACUUCGCCUGGGAUUACUGAGUCCCUUCUUUCUUCUAAUAUUUUCUCAUUCAAGAAUAUUUCAUAUAGCACUUCAGAGUCAUCAGUUGCGGUACAAGAGGGAGGUAGCAUGGUGCAUGAAAAUAGAACACCAGAAACUUCUCAAGCAGUAAGGUCAAGACCCUCUCAGCCACAGCCAGUGCAAGACCUUCACCACGGCAGAGUAUCACCUGCGGAAUUGGUCCAAGCAGUUCAUGAAAUGCUUUCUUCAGCUGGCAUCAAUCUCGACGUAGAAAAACAGUCUCUAUUGCAGACAGCAUUAACACUGGAAGAACAACUGAAGGAAUCUCAGGCUUCACUUUUACUGGAACAGGAAAAGUCUGACAUGGCUGCGAAAGAAGCUGAUACGGCAAAAGUAGCAUGGUCUUGCAGAGUCUGUUUAAAUAAUGAAGUUGAUGUCACAUUAAUUCCAUGUGGUCAUGUAUUGUGUCGAACGUGCUCAUCAGCAGUUUCAAGGUGCCCAUUCUGUCGAAUCCAUGUAUCUAAAGCAAUGAGAAUCUUUCGCCCUUGAUCUAGAGCUGCUCCCUUAAUUGAGAAAUGGAGGUGGGCACACCAACAAUGGAGUUUUAACAAGUUUGUGAAACUAUGGUUUACCGAUUUCUGAUCUUUUUGUUUGCAAGUUGCCUGUUUCUGUACAGUAGGCCUGCUGGUUUUUGUAAGCAUCUCAUUGGUUUUUGUCGGUAAAUAAUUGUUAACAUCAUAUUCAUUUUAAUCGGUAAAUAAUUGUUCAUAUAUUCUAGUAUAAAUUGCAAAUAAUUAAUCCCUGAGGUAUAUGCCUGAAUUACGAAGAUAUCCUCCUUUGUAAAAUCUGGAUCUCUUGAGGUAUGUCAUUGUAUAUAAUUUCUGAAAUGCUAAAUGUCGUUUCAAUUU